UCGGUGAAGGUUAACAUUUUCUGUUUGAUAAGUACCAGACUUCUCAGACUUUGUAAUUUGAAAUAAUUUAGAGAAAUAUGAAAAUGUAAUGGGGUUAAUCUCCAAAUCUGCCUUUAAAAAAAAUGCUGCAAUUGACAAAUUGAGCCCACUGUUCCUGAAGCUGAAUAAUCUUGGCACUGCAGGGGUAUUUGUACACCAUUUCCUACGAACACACAGCUUUAGAAAUUACCAUUCCACCGAAGUCAGCAGUAUGAGAAAUCAAUGCCCCAAGAAAACACACACAAAAAAGCUAUAAUCUGGGAUAUCUUUAGGAAGAUUCGUUGGGUUUCUAAAAAAGAACCUGGAAUCUUUCCUAGAGUCCCUGCUGCAGCUGUGAUAUACAGACCAUCCCAGCUGAUAAAAAUAGAUUUUGCAGACUUGUCAAGGCAUCCAGUGUGGAAAUUCAUUUUUCUGAAUGGCCUGCAUAGCCAGCCUCACUCACACUCAGCCAUCUGCCCCUCUCUCUAACACCAUGGCAGUCUCUGCACAUAGCAAUGCAUUCAGACUGCAUGAAAUGGCUUUUCAAUAAGGGUAGCUGGAUCUUGGAAGGUUCGGAAAUGGCAGAUACAGCACAUUUUACAUGAAGACAAGGGACAAGUUAUGUCUUACCUCCGCCAAUGAGCAGGUACUGCAGCACAGUCAGCGCAUAACCCAGAUCACUUCCGGUGAGUGCACUGCGCCAUCUUGCUACACCCGGAAGUAGUGGUAGCACACGUUGAUGACUGUCAUUGGCAGCAGUGCAACAGUAACUAGGAAGACAUCUGUGUGUUUGUAGAAUGCAUUCCAUUGUUAGUUUCUAUCAGCUGUUUAGUCAUAUGUGAUAAAUGAUUACAUCAGUUACCUUUAUGGAUAUAUUAUAAUAGAUCCAUGAUUUAUGUGUAUUUUUUAUGAAGCUUUGAUCUUUUUUAUUAGCUGAUUUUGCAAUACAUGUGAAAGCUACUUAUACAGUAGGGCAAGAUUUCAGCAAUCUCAGGCUGCUUGAUGGUAAAAAUCAAUGUAUGACCUCUGCUCUAGUUUUCACAAUGCUGGGUUUACUGGAGUAAUGACCUGACAACAUCUCAUUGCACAUAGUGGGCUGUGUGGGUAAAAGGGUGUGAGCAGUAAUGAGGCAAUGUACAGCUCAUCAGGAAGCCAGUCACUGUAUGAAUCGAGCCUAGGGAUGGUUUGAAGCUGAUCUUCUCCUUCUGAACUACCUAGCCACUCAUUACCAAACUGUAAGUAUAACUUUUUAUAUUAAAAAAACGUUGAUCAAGUAUGGUGUGUAGCAAAGGGUUAAAUGAUUAGAUACAACUAAAAGUAAGAAAAUGGAGAGUAUUAAACCCUCGAUAAUAUAAAGCAUUACAUGUAUUAAUUUGCCUAAUCCUGUUCAUUAACAUGUUAAUUAAAUGCUGGUUCUGGUAUUAGAUUUAAACAAAAAAACAACAACACAUUUUCAUUGUGUGUGUGUGUGUGUGUGUGUGUGUAUAUAUAUAUAUAUAUAUAUAUAUAUAUAUAUAUAUUUACUCUGUAUUAUUUUUAUUUAUUUAUUUAUUUUAUUAUUAUUAUUAUUAUUAUUAUUAUUUUUAGCUAAUAGUAUAUUUGAAGAGACAGAACAUUAACGCUGGUGAAACGUUUUCAUUCCACUACUGAACAUGAGAAUACUUCUACUUAAUCACUGGUGGAGUGGCACACCUGUGUUAAAGUAGGGGUAUCCAGGCUGCUGGUAACUAAUGAUGCCUAUUGCUCACUUUCAUCUCUGUUGGUAACUUUCUGUUUAGCAUAGGCAAAUGAAUUGCUGGUAAAUUGGAGCAGUCAAAAACUGAUGAAAUAUCAUUGCUCCGCUUUUAUAGCUAUAUACACCAGAAUUACACAAUAUAUUUAACCCCCAUGAACUUAUACCAUACAAUUAUGCAAAGUUAAAAAUAGCACAUUAUGUGCAGGCUUUAAGUAGUAUUCCGUUGAUCAUUGGAUAUUUUUUUUUGUGUUUGUGUUCUGGGUGAGUUUUGUUUUUACAUAUUUUCUACAGGUGAAUUUAGGACUUUUAACAGUGGAGUACUGCUAUUUUAUACUGUAUUUAAACAAUGUCACCUGACAUUAAUUUUCCUAUAUAUUAUUACACACCCCAAUUCCAUUAUUCACACUACAUGAUUCUGUAAUCUAUAAGUGGGUGUAUAUUCUAUAUAUGAUUUUACAAACUCUUACACUCAUACUCUAUUACAUCCCUCCCAGGUGUCCCUAUUUAUAAGGGGCAUUCCCUUUUUUGGGGAUUCAAAUCCCUCUGUCCAUCUUAUCGAGAAGCUCCAUAUUGUUGGUGUGUCUGACAGUAUAACAGAGCUCCACAGCAAGAAUAUUCACAAUAAUAUGUUUUUAAACUAUAAUAAAUGUGUUUAGGAAAUCAGUUUGUGUAAAUAAGAUGCAUUGUUCUUGUUCUAAAUAACAUAUGAGUUGCAUAAAUUAUUAAGUAACCUAAACGUUCUGAGACCAGCCCAUCCCCAGCCAGACCCCCACUCACAUCCCUAAAAUAAAAAUGUCUGUCUUUCUCAUUUUGAAAUGUUGGGAGGUAUGAAUUAUGUUUGCUUAUCCCUUGAAUUUAAUAAAUAAGUAGUUAUGAAGUGUGAAAAAUAAAAUCAAAUGUUUAAAGGACACGAUAUCAUUAGGAAUACAACCACGUAUUCCCAACGCAUUUGUGUUCUCCUACCCCCUAGUGUGGAUUUGAAAUGUGUUUGUAUGGGAGAGAGACUGCUACACAUAACCCUCACUUGCUCUAUAGAAGACAUGCUCUAUUUAAUCUGCACCACCCUUAGAGGAGAAAUGUUCUAUAUAAGCUUUGCAUGUUUUAGAGGCGAUGUACAUAAACUGUCCUAUUGGGUGAAAUUACAUACAAGAUGAGGAAUGGUAAAUGCUAUAUGAUUAUUAAAGGGGAAACUUCAAUUCUCCGGAAAUUACUCCAUUGAAAAUAGCCUUUAACGUGUUCUGUGCUCUAUGUUUUUCAAAAUUUAUAUGAAAUAUUUAGUAAAUUACAUCACAUUCCUGGCACACUUUGCAAAUAACGAGAAAUAGAAACAUUGAGGGAGAUUUAUGAAAGUAUUGCCAACACUUUUCCAACAAAUUUUUGGCACAAUUUAAUGAAUUUGGUAGCUUUUUCUCCAUUGUUUUAUAUUUUCAGACACUUUUUUUUUUUUUCCCCACUUAAUGUUCUGCUGAAAUGUAGAUUAUCAAAAUAGUGAUGGAAUGUAAGCACUGCUUUUCAGAAUGCCUUGAUAAAUAUCUUAGUUUUUUUUUUUUGCUCUUCUCGGUAUGCUUUCUCUGUGCUUACUGCCAGGUGCAAAGGACAGAGAUUGUAACAAUGACUGACACUAAGCCAAGGUGCCCAGUUUUAGGGUAAACCAGUGUACAUUUAAAGGACCGCUAAAACACCAAGACAACUUCACCUCAAUGAAGUGUUCUGAAUGCAGUAACCCUUUAAUUUGUACCCUCCCUGCAAUGUAAAUUAUUGCCAUUUUGUAGAAAAAUAGAAACUGAAAUGUUUCCAUUCCUAACACUACGGUGUUCCUCUGCCUACCCCUUCCCUGUGGCAAUGAAAGAGUUAGAAACCCAUAUUUCACUUACGUGAGUCCAGUGCUGAGGACCUGUGGCGCUGGAUUGAUCAUUUCCUCCCGCAAUGUCAUGGUGAUGGGGUAACCUAAUGUGCAUGUGUUGCAAUCGCCGAGUGUGCAUUAGGCCUUUUCCAUAGGAAAGCAAAGAAUCAAUGUUUUCCUAUAGGGAUUUGCAAGAUGCUGGACAUUGGCAUGCAACGCGUGAGGACCUCUAGCAUUGUUUCACAGCAUUAAACUGCAGGAAGCACCUCUGCUGGCUGUUCUCUAAAACUGCAAUGUUUUCGCAGGGACACACAUCCACAUCACUUCAAUGAGAUAAAGUGGCCUGGGUGCCUAUAUAUUGUCCCUUCAACCCCUUAAGGACACAUGACAUGUGUGACAUGUCAUGAUUCCCUUUUAUUCCAGAAGUUUGGUCUUUAAGGGGUUAAAGGGACACUCUAGGCAACCAGACCACUUAUCUCAUUAAAGUGGUCUGGGUCCGGUGUCCGUGUCUCCCUUAGUCCUGCUGUGUAAAGCAUUGCAGUUCUAGAGAAACUGCAAUGAUUACUUUACAGGAUUAAGACUGCCUCUAGUGGCUGGCUAUCAAAUAGCCACUAGAGGCGCUUCCUGGGUUCCAAUGGAGUUUGACUCUGUUAAAUGACACUGGAUGUCCUCAUGGUCUGUAUGACGACAUCCAGCAUCAGGGAAAUCCCCAUAGGAAAGCACUGUCAAUACUUUCCUAUGGUGAAGGCCUAAUGCGUUCGCCGUGCAUGGGCAUUAGGUCCCCCCUAUCCCUGUCGGAGGCAGAGCACCAAGGGACAAUGAUGCCGGAAUCAGGUGAGUAAAUAAAGGGUUUUAUUUAUUAAUAAUUUUAUUUUUCUGUGUUUAUAAAUUACUCAAUCAUCUGGGGUGGCAAGACCUAGCCAUACAUAUUAUUGGUAUAUUUAUUUUUCUAAUUCAAAAUAUUGGUUCUUUCAGGGUAGUUCAAUUAAACCGUAAGCAUACGCACAUGAAGACACAGACAAUCUCACUAACACAAGCUCAUUGAUACACAGGCUCAUAGACAGUCUCAUUGAAAUACACAAGCUCACUGAUGCACAAAAAUAGGCCACUGACAGACAUCACUGAAACACACAGCCAAGCUUGCUAGUACACACACACACACACACACACACACACACACUUACACUGACCUACAAACAAGCUCACAGUCUCACCCACAUGCUGACUGACACACACGCUUCCCACAGACAAGCUUGCUGACACACACAUGCUCGCCACAGACAGCUCACAGUCACAUGCUCACUGACACACACACAUGCUCGCCACAGACAGCUCACAGUCACAUGCUCACUGACACACACACAUGCUCGCCACAGACAAGCUCACUGACACACACACAUGCCCAUCACAGACAAGCUCACUGACACACACACACACACACACACACAUACUAGCUCACUCACUAGCAAGCAGACACACACAAUCACUCUCAUGGGCUGAAGCUUACCUGGCAUUGGUAGGUAAAGUUGCCAUUUUCUGGCAUAUUCCUUCCAGCGAGGUCAGCAGCUUGCAUGCUGGGGGCGGGGCUUAAAUGCAGGGUGGGGUACCAAAUUGCCAGGAAUUGUGAAGGGAGCCUCAGAAUGCUCCCUCUAUCCGUCAGCAGCCUAAUUGCGGCCGCACCAGCCCCAGCACCUCCUUCCUUAAUCCCCUCAUACUGAGAGAUGCUGUCAGUCCAAGGGGGAAAUAAUUUAAAUGAAAUUAGCCUAAUUUAGGGCUGUGUGCACGGCCCACCGGGAAAUUUACUGGUAUCCCAGUGGGCCAGUCUGGCCCUGUUUCAUUGGGCCUGUAUGUUCGGCCACUCACUGUCUUUUCCGGUCCCAAUAUGGAAGCUUUUCCUUUGGGCACCAGUGUGAUAGGCUGAGAGCGUCAGCUGACGAGAGCUUCUACAAGCACAUUGAGAUUAGUGCUUUAGAAAGUACCUCUUCUAUACAGAAUGCUUUUUCCUGUGACAAAUUUUAUGUCCCUCUGUCAUUACCAGAAUGACUAACACCAUCUAAUAAAGAUAGAUAGUCCUGAUUAUCACCCUUACAGACAUUAAUAUGGACAUUGUACUUACUAUGUAAGGUAACAUUAUAAUAUGUGGCACAGACUUUGAUCCUCUGGUGACUUCACAGCAGGGUAAGUGGGUAAACCCCUCCCAGGGAAGGUCCUUUAAAACUGACACUGAUUCACCUAAGCUACAUUUUCUCAGACCGCUUCACCAGAGAUUGAGUUUGGCAUAAUGGCGUUUGAGUGAGUACAAGACAAGAAGCCUUCAGUUAUUUUCUAAAAUAUGAAAUCAAGUUUGGUUUUGAUGAGUAGACAUAUUGGGAAAGAGGUCUAUUAUAAGAAUAUGACUGAAAGCUUGCAGAUAUUCAAUAAAGUGUUAAUUGUAGUGGUUCAACAUGAACGUAACAUUUUAAGUGUGCUAAACUUUCAGUUAAGCUAUUUCAACCUAAAAUUUAAAGUUUUUACUUUAUAUUCAUGGCAAUUCAAAUAAAUAUCUCUGUAGAUCAGCUUGGCUCUUUACUUAGGAACCAUGUGGAAACACAAAUGUAAUACUUCUAUUUUUUUUAUAGAGUGGACCACGUUAUCAUAACAAAAAUGGAGUAUGCAGCAAAAUCUUUGAGCUUUCUCACCCCCAAAUCUCUAUCUAAGUAAGUGCCUUUGUUUCAUGGUGAAACAUUAUUGGAGCUGUGGCAUUCAAUUUUUUUUUUUGUUUGUUUUUAAAGUCCUUUAUUGAGAUAAAAAGUAAACAGUACAAUAGGAAAGGGGUCGCGUGUUGCUGUGAAAUUGUUACUACAAAGCAUCUUGUAAAAUGCAACAAUUACGAUUUUCAUAGUGAAAUGGUGCACAUGCAGACUCCAGGCACCAUGAGCACUUCAAAUCACUGACAUGGUCAUGGUGCUUGGACUAACCCUUUAAAUGGAAAAAUAAAUAAAACGGUGAGCUAAUAGUUCAGGGGAUGCCCUCUAAAACUGUCUCAUACAGCAGGAACAUUCAAUUGGUUCAAUAGUCACUGCUAAACAUUUAGAACUCAACACAAUAAUUACUCAUUUUACGUCUCUCUAAAAGUUGUAUGCACCUUUCAAAGUUGCAGGAGAACUGUUUCUGUAUCCGGCAUUUAGUGGCAUAUUUGUUUUAUUUUAAAAUGACUGUCUGUGGUUUUGUUGUUUUGUUUUUUUGGGGAGGGGUCAGGGGCUUCUAAAUAUUUCUUUUAGUCUGUGGUUUGUCUGUCACGUUUCACUUCAUUUCUCAAUCUGUGUAGUUAUAAAACCUAUUCUAAUGCAAUGUACCAUGUACCAGAACGGGUUUGUUAUUUAGACUAAAGGUCAGAAAAGCUUGCAACAUCUUUCAUCAGAACACUCCAGGCUAGACUUGGCAAUAGAACGGCAGGGAAUGUUUGUCGACAUCAAACUCCUAUUAACAGGAGAAAGCAUUAUUUAUAAAUAUAUAUAAACUUUUUUUUCUUUUCUUACUUGGUAUUUUUUAGAUGAAAAGGUAAACUUGUUCUACAGCCAAAAAGCCAGAUUGCUUAUUGCUAACCUGAUGUCCUGGCAUUUACAGGUGCGUCUCAGUAAGUGCUUCAAUGACUCAACAGCUUCUUUCUCGCCCUGCAUCCAAACCUCGACCCUUUCGAGUUUGCAACUGUGACCGUAGCACACGCAAAGGGAUCAUGGCUGACAGCCUCGGGGAUCUGAUCAACAAGGUGAGGACAUUGGAAACCGUGAUGUGCUUUGGACCAUGCAGGCUUUCCAUAGCAUAUCAAAUCUUUUUGUUACAAUGCAAUCACAAUUCUUUAUAUAGCCCCAACAUAUUCUGGUGCAAUGUACAAUAGGUAAAACAAGACAAACCAUUCUAAAACAAAACAAAACAAACCACAUUUAACAUACAAGACCAGCAGGUGAAGAGGGCCCUGCUCAAACUAGCUUACACUCUUAUAGCUGGGUUAAUUAAAUCAUAUUCAUAUAUUCAGUCUGUGAUUCCUUUCCAUUCCUUGUUUGCAGGUACAAGAUUCCCUGCUUAUAUCUGAGGCUCUUACUCUGGUUUUGGAUGAGGAUGGAACAGGUGUGGAUACAGAGGAGUAUUUCCAGGCUGUGGAUAGUGGUGCAGUUUUCAUGGCUCUUGGGAAAGGACAGACAUGGAAACCAGCAGAAGGCGUAAGUUUGUCCCUGUUUUCUAUAGCAAACAAGCAAAAUGUCUCCGAUUUUGUCCUGCACUUUAUGUCUGAGUAUGAUCUAACCUCUUUCUGUGUUUUGUUUGACACAGAAAGGAUACCACGUUGAUUUCUCCAACAAAUCUGUAAGAAAGAUGGAUGUGGCUAGUGUCACUUUUGAUCUAUACAAAAAUCAUCCUGAGGAUUUCAUUGGCUCUCUUAAUGUCAAGGCCACACUGUAUGGAAUGUACACUGUAUCUUAUAACUUGCAGUGCCACGGGGCAAAGAGGAUGAUGAAGUGAGUACUUGUUCCUUUGGUAUAUUCCAUAGAAAUUAGUAUCGGUCCAUCUGUGUUCAUCCCAUAUCAUUUUUAAUUAUUCCAACUUUUAUUCUUGAUUUGAGAGAGAGAGAGAAUGUAUAUAAAAUGCUUGUUUGUUUGUUUUUAAAUUCUUUACUUUUGAUGUGCAGAUUCAAAUACAUGUUUCCAUUAUUACAUUUAACAUGAGAUAAUAUAACAAAGCAUAGUUGUGAGUAAUCACAACUACACAAGGUGCUUCACUGUUGUUUUAAAAAAAAAGAAAACAAUAAUACAAGAGUUACACAGCAUGGUAAGAGGCAUAAGUAAACAUAAAGGUUGUACUGAGGGACAGUUAUAUCCCGAUUGGGGUUAUUGAUUAAACUAACAUGCUUAACACAGACUAAGGUAUAUCCACUGCAUCAAAAGUAUGGGCAGCUAGAGAGGCUGGUAUGGCCUGUGACAUCUGUUAUUAAAGAUAAGAACCCUGCAUAGUCAAAUCAGGCAGACUGACUAUUAUGUGUUGAAAAGCUGAGAGACACAAGAGCUCAAACUAAGGACGUUAAAACCUGGAGAGAUUAACUAAGGGCAAUGAGGUUGGACCAUGCAUUAAGUCAAAGGUAAGUAAGGCAAGACCAUGUGGCAGUUAGCUGAUGCCUACUCUGGAGGCCCAAGAUGGAAGCCUGGGAUGAAACUGACGCUUUAACUGGAUGCAGGAGCCCUGUGGGAAAGCUAGUGGGCGAAAAAAGCCAUCUCCUGGCCUCCAGACGGUGGUGCGAGGCUAACUGUGACCCCAUGAGAUGUCAGCCUGUUGCGGUUUAUUGCCCCUACGGGCCGGUUGGCCAUUUGGGGUAUGUAGAUUCCCUGGUGGUCUUUAUCUCGGAGGGUGUCUCCUUUUCCUGCCCAUUCUCCGUAUGGGCCUAAUUAGGUCUGCCCCAUUGACCGGGGCUAGAGCUGUGAUUCCAGUCUGCCUGUGUUGGCCUCCUGUUUCACCCACAAGCUUUCCCAGAACGCGGUACACAGUCGAUCAAAGCGUUGCAGGAAGCUGCUGAGUGGUUGAGUCUGCUUGGAGUGGCCUCCAGUUACAAUCACGGUGCCAUCGGCUGCCAUUUUAGGUGCGUAGUGUUGUAUGCUCCUAUGCCCCAACACAGGGACCUUGUUGCGUUUAGCCAGUCGAGGAGCAAUGCAGUGGUGGACUGGGAUGACCUCACCGGUCUAGGUUGGGCAAGGAGGGGAACAGAGCUCAGGACGUCAAGGCUGCACGUUGUGUUCUAAAGUGUUCCUGCUCAAGUAGGUGAGGAGUGUCACACAAUUUGGCCCCUUAAAACAUGGUAUAUUGGUGUUAUUGGGGCUUUCGAUUGAGGAGCUCAGCCAUGUUGCUUUUUUGUUGUUUGUUUGUAAUGUACAGUAUAUUGCAUUCUACUAUUGGUUAUUUUUUUAGUACUCAUUUUAUAUUCCCCUCUGACACUGCAUACAUUAGCAGUAAAAAAAAAAAAAAAUAUAUAUAUAUAUAUAUAUAUAUAUAAUUAUUAUUUUAUUUAUUUUUUUUUUUUUUCAAGAAAUGUUAAUUUGCUUAUUGUUGUGUUUUGUGUAACAAAAAUAAACUCCAGAACUGUAAGAAAUAAAGUGGGAGAAACAUAAAAUGAGGACGGAUAGGAAUAAGUUCUGUCUUAUAUGGCCAGUUGUAACAUUUGCUGUUAACGUACCAGUGGCUCCUGUUGAUGUAUUGACGUGGCCUCUAUAGGCACAGCUAAAAUAUUUACUAAUGUUAGACCAGGACAAGAAAGUAAAAAAAUAAAAACCUCUGUCAAGCAAAGCCCAUGUACAACAGAAUAUAUGGCACCAUGUAUGUCAAGAAUGUACUGCAAUAUCCGUUUAUAAUGUUAUUCAUGAAUAUUUCGACCAACUCAUGCUUGUGAGCACGGUACAAAUAAAAUAUUUACUAAUGUUAAUUAAUAUCUACUUGCUGUAGCUAUUGAGGUAAUGGGACAAUUCUGACAAACCUACAUAUCUUGGAUCUGUUACAGGGAGGCUUUACGUUGGACCCUUUUUGCCAUGCAGGCAACUGGCCAUAUUCUUCUGGGCACCUCUGGCUACGUGCAGCAGCUUCUGGAAGCAACAGAGAAGGAGGUUCCAGUGGAGGAGAAACCUACCAGCAGUCUUAGAGACUUGCUCCCCUUCUACCCUCUCAGAAUGCUGCAGUAGAGUCCAUGUCAGCUCUUUGAGAUAAGGCAGACAUGAUAAAAACCCUUCCUUGUCUGCCGCCUUGAUAAGUGACUUUAAGGCAGGGUUCUGUGGAUUACAAACUCUCCUUCAGACAGGCAAUACAAUUCAGUCUGUAUGUUGUGCUAGUGAAAAAUUCUAGUGAAUGUGUAUAUUCAGUUAUUUUGUUACUUGAAGAUGCCUUUUUUGCUGUUGCAGUGGACACCACAAGAUCCCAUAACGCACAGCUCAAACUGUGAAUUGAAUGGGGGAAACUGGGAGAAUCGGAUGCUUCGGUUUGCAAAGUAUGAAUUGUUCGAGCACAAAGGACAGAGAUAUAACAUGAUAAUUUUUACUAUAUAAUCAGUAUACAUUUGCUAACCAUUUGGCUAUCACAAGGUAUAAAUGCACAUGGAUCAUUUUACAAAAACAAAAAGAACACUACGCGACUUUAACAUUUAAGGUAUAUUAGCACAACACACUCCAUAACAAAUGCUCACUUCAUACUGAGUCUAAAGGUGCUGUUAUCUCGGGAGGUUCUAUCCGUAUUGGAGACCUAAGCUUUAACAUCCUGGAUUUCCCCAAUGUCCUGGUAGUUAUUUCAACAACCUUCAAUUGGGGAGAACUAACAAGAGAAUUGCAUGUUUUAGACCAAAAUGGUCACAUUGGAAAACAAAUGUCCAACCUGGCUAUGAUUCUAGCUCGCUGUUUUGGUCUAAAAUUUUAAUUUCCUUGUCAUUUCUCCAAAUUUCACUGUUUAGCAAAUAAUUCUAUUUGUCUCUGAGACAGUGGAGAAAACCUCUGCAAAAUAUCCAAAUUUGCAGGUACAUCUGAGUUCUUCAGGUAUCCGUAAAUGUUUAUUAGGACACUCUAUGCCAGGCAUAGGCAACCUUCGGCACUCCAGAUGUUUUGGAAUACACCUCCCACAAUGCUUUGCCAGCAUUAUGGGUGUAGGAGCAUUAUGGGGGAUGUAGUACACAACAUCUGGAGUGCCAAAGGUUGCCUAUCCCUGCUCUAUGCAUUUAACAAAUGCUAUACAGACUCACUGCUUUUCUUCAUCUUUAGUCUGGCACUCGGAGGGUUAAAGCUGAGUGAAAUCUUUCUUUCCAUAGCUGUUUAUUGAAGAACAUCCCCUUAAUAGAGGUGUAAAUGGAAAAGCAGGCUAACUAAUGCACAUAUAGACCUAGUUUGCUUUCAUCCAGCCCACAAUCUGCUUUUUAACCAAAUACACUUAUUCAGUUACAUUCUUCUUAUCUUUGAACGCAAGGAGCGUCGCAUAGCUUUCGUGCUGUGAAAUCGCCAGAAUACUUUUUACACAAUGUUUCAGACCUGUUGUAUUUUGCACACUAUAUUUAUUUUUACACCGUAAUAUAUCAUGUAUUUGAGGGCAUCAGGCACUUAUCACUAGUGUGUUGGUAAUAUUCAUAUUCUAGAACAGAGUCACUCCGUCAGAUAUUCCACCGCAUCAGCAAGUCUCAUCAGUUCACUCCACUCUCAUCAGAAAAUGGCGGCCAAACAUGGCCCAUAGCUGCAGGAAAUCUACAUUCUGUGUAACCCUGAUUUAGAAACUUGGGAAUACCGUUUAUGUAAUUAGGGACACAUCUUAAAGAUAAAUCAUACAGGGAAAACAGUUAUUUUGAAUACACCCCUGCAGUAUAUUGCAAAUUACCCAUAUGUUCGCUGUAGUACAGCGAUGGUAAACUUUGGCACAGUAGUUUUUGAACUGCAUUACCAAUCAUGCUCAUUUAGGAAACCUAGUUCACAACCAUUUACUUUGCAGAGUUUUCCCAUAAAUGGUCUGCCUAGAUAGACCAUAUUACUUGAAUUAGGGCACAUAUUUUAUUGCACAUGUUAAAUCUUGGUUAUUUGAGAUGCCAGUUCGAAAAGUAAGAUGAAAACGUGCCCGAUAAUUUGGUAAACCUCUCACUGAAAUUGACUGUUACCAGUUGCACACACUGAAUGUGAAGAUGGAUAUGUAUUAAUGUGUAAUACUUAUUUAUAUUUAAUGUAUUUAUAAACUAAUGCUUCCUUGAAUAAUAUAAUUAAAAUGUAUUGCUUGUC